CUCGUCACCGCCUUCAGUCACCCAUGGCUCCACCACCUUCCACACCGGGGGAAGACUCCAUGGUGGUCUCUUUCAUCCAAGUGGCCAAGUGGGGCUGGGUGGGUGUUCAAGAUGGAAGUAAUAUGCUUGAAGCCAUCCUCACAAUUGCCAAGAACAAAGACAUCCGUAAGCGGACAUGGGACUCGAUCAAGCUCAAUGGACUGCUAUUUCUGCCGGCGGCGCUCUUCUAUGACUAUGCUCUGUAUCCCAUGCUUGCCGCCAUUCUCGAUCUCCCUGCGCCGUGGUCAUCCCGUGCCUCGCCGGUGGUCAUUCAAACCUUGGCCGCGUGGCUCGAACCGUUGUACUCAUCGGUGUUCUUUGUCGCAUGCAUUUUGCCCAUUCUUCUCGUCACCCUCCUCCUCUCCUCAGCUUGGUACCAGGAGAUCGCCGACGUCACCUUUGCCCUCGAUGGCUCGGUCAAGGCUGCCCCGAAGCGCCCUGCAUGGGAGCAGGCGGCUGAGGUCAUCUAUCGCACUGUUGUGGUUCUGGCCUAUGUCGUCUUGCAAGUAGUUGUUGCCCUGCUCCUGUGCGCAGUGCCUUUCGUCGGCCCGCAUCUCGCCCGCGCCGUCGACAUGAUCCUCACCGCCUGGUACUUUGCCUUUCUCUGCUUCGAGUACAAGUGGAUCAACAUUGGUUCGGACCUCUCCAAGCGCAUCAUCAUCUUCCACGCCCGUUGGGCCUACUUUGCCGGCUUUGGCCUCCCCUUUACCCUACUUUGCUACUUUUCUCCUUUGCCGUCUCCAACGCCGUCUUCUUCCUCGCCUACCCGUUCUUUGUCAUCAUGGCCACCAAGUCGCGACCUCUCCCGGUCUCCAUGCGGGGCAUUUCCAUCGCUCCGCUCCCCACUGCUCUGCCUAUCUUCCAGCUCCCGUGCAUCGUCGCCAAUCCAGUCAUCAAGUACAUCGACACUCGCCUCCGCUCCAUCCAGGCCUCUCGCUCUCCGUCGAUCCGCUCCUAGCCUCGCUGAAGUAUGUUACAAGCCUUGCCGAUCGAUUGGCGUCAGCGGCCCUAUUCGGCGCGGCACUGCCACCCGCUCCUGGGCUGCUUCGAGAGCCGCGAUGCAUGAAAGCUUGCGCAGCGUGUUGCCGUGCCAGCACAGCAGAGGCAGCCCGGCAUGUCGUGCUUCCCUCCCCGCAUCUUCGCGCACAAGCGAUGACUCCAUGUCCGACACCCAGCUCCCGCUCGGGCACCCAGUCACAACCGUUGUCAUCCCUAUCUCUGCCUUGUCCGUCUUGGCCAGUACAAUCGGGAUCCGGAUUGUUUGCGGCUUGCCGAAGCUUUCAGGCAGACUGCGACUCCGCAGGCCGAGCUCGUUUUCCGGGGUGGGGGGGGUGGGGGGUGCGCAACAUUUUUUGUCCACCAAGGUGGCUCGGUUGUUGGUUGGUUGAUGGUGGUGAGCGAGCGAGGCGAAAAU